AUGACUGUAUUAGUUGAUACAUAUGGAAUUCCCGCACACAUAAUCAUGUCACAGAUAUACAAAGCCACGUGUUACGAGGUCCGAAUAGAAGAAGUGCUAGGAAGGUCCUAUAAUGCACCAAAAUCCGGCAAGAAAUACGUACUUUUAGAGGAUAUAAAUCCAAAAAUACUCAUUGCGCUUCGGGAUAUAGAGAGUGUGGUUUAUGUGUUUCACAGAGAAAUGCUAGAUGAAAAGGAGUACAAAAUAAUCGACUACUACACGAAUGAGCUGGUCUAUGUUGAAGGAAACACUAUCAAAAUUGUUAAUAAAAAAACUAAAAAGCAGGAAACAUACGGGGUGGAGAGAACAGUAGAUCUAUCAACUCAUAGGGUUAUCCAUAAAAUAAGUAAGACGGCAGAAGAAUUAGAAAAAAAGCAAAACGGCUCUAUUCUAUCAAAGAAACAGGCACAGAGCAAGGAGGCAUCUCUUCCGUUUCUUCGGGUGCAGAGCCAAGAAGAAGUGUAUUUCCCAGAAGAGGAGGCUGAUCUAAGCGAUGACUUAGAGCUAUCAGAGGAGGAAAUGUAA